GUCCUGAGGAAGGACCCAUAUGGCAAAGCUGUGGACCUGUGGGCAUGCGGUAAGCAGGACGACUUUCAGAUAUCCACCUCUUUCCUUGUUUGUUUUUGUCUACGUCUGAGUUGCUACUCCCUACAGAAAAGACUUCACACCUGGUGUGAUGAGUUUCCUCAUUUAUACAUCUCAAGCUUUAUGUUAUCUCAGUUGGCCAGACUGGGGAUUGCUUCAUAUUCUAACCUACUAAACCUAUGAUUUAGUGCACCAGUUUAUUUAUGGGGGUCUGUCGGUUUCAUCCCAAGGUUCAGAGAUAUGCUCUCUGUCAGAGCAGAGGAGAGAAGGCAGCAGUGCGUUGAUCUGAUCUGAGCUCUCUCUCCACUCUUUGGGUUCCAAAAGGGUACUUUUUAGUUCCAGGUAGAACUCUUUUGGGUUACAUGUAGAACCCUCUGUGGGAAGGGUGCUACAUGGAACCCAAAAAGGUUCUACCUAGAACCAAAGGGUUCUCCCUGGAACAGCCAAAGAACCCUUUUUGGUUCUAGAUAGCACCUUUUUUUCCUAAGAGUGUAUGUCUAUGUACAUACUGUACCACAGGCCUCUGUGUCAACAAGGUGGCAGAAUUCACGCUCCAAUUGGCCAUCCUUUGGUCUAUUUAGAUAGACGAUCUAAAUUAUUCCCGAUGUGUGGACAACUUUUACCUUGAAUGUAUAUAUCAAUAUCAAAUAAAUCAUAUAUAAACAUUGACAAUAUGUAGUGGUACUGGGACUUUUCACAUUGAGCUGAGCAGCUAAACUUGUCACAUGCUUUGUAAAAAACAGGUGUAGACCACAGGAGGUUGGUGGCCCAUUAAUUGGGGAGAACAUGCUCGUGGUAAUGACUGGAGCGGAAUCACUGGAAUGGUAUCAAACACAUCAAAAACAUGGUUUCCAGGUGUUUGAUGCCAUUCCAUUUGCACCGUUCCAGCCAUUAUUAUGAGAUGUUUUCCCUUCAGCAGCCUCCUGUGGUGGAGACUAACAGUGAAAUGCUUACUUACAGGCACUUCCCAACAAUGCAGAGAGAAAAAUAUAGAAAAAAGAGACAAUGAGUAACACUAACUAUAUACACGAGGUACCAGUACCGAGUCAAUGUGCUGGGGUACGAGGUAAUUGAGCUAGCUAUGUACUGUACAUAUAGCAGUGGCGGUCAGUGACGUUUAAGAUGAGGGAGGAUGUUUUUUUUUGUGACACAUGGGCUGACGGUGACAUUCAAUACCGCCUUGCACACUCUUGCCUGCAUCUAGCUGAUAUAGGGUGUAAUCAUUAGUCCAACAGUUGCAAACGAGAGUUUAUAGUGGACACAUUUCCAAUGGUCCUCCCCUUCCUCCCCUGAGGAGCCUCCACUGACAUAUAAGUAGGGGUAAAAUGACUAGGCUACAGGAUAAAUAAUAAACAUUAGCAGCAAUGUAUGUGAUGAGUCAAAGUAGUUAGUGCAAAGAGGGUCAAUGCAGAUAGUUUGGGUAGCUAUUUGGUUAACUAUUUAGUAGUCUUAUGGCUUGGGGUAGAAGCUGUUCAGGGUCCUGUUGGUUCCAGACUUGGUACACUGGUACCGCUUGCCAUGCGGUAGCAUAGAGAACAGUUUGUGACUUGGGUGGCUGGAGUCUUUUUUAGGGCCUUCAUCUGACACCGCCAGAUAUAGAGGUCCUGGAUGGCAGGGAGCUCGGCCUAAGUGAUGUGCUGGGCCGAAUGAACUACCCUCUUUAGCGCCUUGCGGUUGGAUGCCAAGCAGUUGCCAUACCAAGCGGUGAUGCAGCCAGUCAAGAUGCUCUCAAUGGUGCAGCUGUAUAACUUUUUGAAGAUCUUUUCAUACCAAAUCUUUUCAGCUUCCUGAGAGGGAAGAGGCAUUGUCGUGCCUUCUUCGCGACUGUGUGGGUGUGUGUGGACCAUGUUAAUUCCUUAGUGAUGUGGACACAGAGGAACUGGAAGCUCUUGACCCGCUCCACUACAUCCCUGUAGAUGUGGAUGGGGGCGUGCUCGGCCCUCCGUUACCUGUAGUCCACGAUCAGCUCCUUUGUCUUGCUGACGUUGAGGGAGAGGUUGUUGUCCGGCAUAAUCUAGAAUGAGCAGUUUAACCAUGUGGUUUGAUAAAAAAUGUAAAUCAAUUAUCACUCUGUGCACAUUGGUCUUCUGAAGCAGGAGAAGGCUCAUCGCUAUGCACAGCUAUAUUUCCCUGCCUUUUGAUACGGGCCUUGGGCUGCUGUUCACCUUGAGAUGCACGUGGGCUUCAUGGCCAAUGGGUCUGUGACCUUCGCUGGCUUCGGAGGAGUGAGAGGAAGCCACACGAGACAUAAGGUUGAUGGCUGAGGGGGGCUACAUUAUGGGAAGGGGGAGAUGAAAUGGGUAGGGGUUCAUUCUCAGACUUUUAAUGUCCUGACAUGGAACUGGAUCCGUAUGUGCACCCCGCUGUGUGUAUGGUUAACCCAUCUGAGAUACCGAGGGCAAGGGAGUUGGCAGUGAGGGGUGUCAAGUCAGUGAGGGGAAGACAUACAGUCAAGUCAAAAAAUUAUUGGCACCCUUGAUAAAGAGGAGCAAAAAAAAUGUUAUAAUAAUAAUAAUAAUAAUAAUAAUAAUAAUAAUAAUAAUAAUAAUAACAAUAAUAAUAAUAAAUUAAUACAUUAAUAAAUAAAUAAUACAAAUACUAACUAUAUUGAAUGCAAAAAAAAAUGGGGAAAUUAUAUUAUUUUAUACUAAUAGAAUUGCUCAGAGAUAUUAAUGUAACCACAUACACACACACACACAUACUGUACAUGCAUACAUAUGUGAGGGAUCAAGGUUCAGAAGUAUCGAUUUCUGCAGAACCUUUUAUUUUCACCAAAGAUAGAGAGAUGUAUGUGAUAUAUGCUAGUUCAUUCUUGAGUAACUAGAGUGAUGAACAGUCUCCUAUUGUAUAGUGAUGUAUGAUGUCUGUGCCAGGUGUGAUCCUGUAUAUCUUGCUGGUGGGCUACCCUCCAUUCUGGGAUGAGGACCAACACAGACUGUACCAGCAGAUCAAGGCUGGGGCCUACGAUGUGAGUCACAUCCCUCCUAGCUCCUGUUCUUAACAAUACGAUACCCCUCCAUUACUCUACUGCUCACGGCUGCUGGGGAACAGUUGAAAUGCAGUGUCUCUCCAGGAUUGUGUAACGCACCAGUUUCCAAGGAGAUUAAUCAUCUUAAAUUCAGUGCCUGGUAUAAUGGUGGCUUUCUGCUGGUAGGAAAAAAAGAUCUGCAUGUUUUUUCUUCUUCAAUUACAGUCAUAGUAUCCCAUGGCACCCUUUCUUAUUCCUCUGCUCUGCCUACAGACUUUGGAAAAUCGUUUGGAAAAUGGAUUUUCGCUCAUUCGAAUAUAAUCACCAGCGUUAAUUCCCAUGAUUUACGUAUAUGUAAAGGCCAUCAGCUCUGUGCUAUGUCUCCUCUUAUAUAUAUACUGUAGUUCCCCUCGCCGGAGUGGGACACUGUUACACCAGAGGCCAAGGAUCUCAUUAACAAGAUGUUGACCAUCAACCCUGCCAAGCGCAUCACAGCCUCUGAGGUCCUCAAGCACCCGUGGAUCUCAGUGAGUACAGAGCAUGCACAUCCGUACAUUCUCACAAUGAUCACAAUGUGCAGUAAGAUUCGGCCCUGUGUCUAACCAGACUUUUGUUUCUCGAUUUCUCUCUGUCUACAGCACCGCUCCACUGUGGCCUCCUGCAUGCACAGACAGGAGACGGUGGAAUGCCUUAAAAAGUUCAACGCCAGAAGGAAGCUGAAGGUAUAGUAGAGCUUUGGGAGCAAAAUGAAGUGUAGAUAUGAUACUGGAACAUGACAUGGUAAUCUCUGUAUUGUCCAGAGUAGGGAAAAAAUAUCAGACAUACUAUGCCACUAGUGAUGGGGGUUUCAGUCCAAUAGGACGGUUUGAAUGAGGACGGAAAUGUUAUCAAGGCAAAAUGGCCUUCGUGGCGCGAUCUAUUGAGGCAAAAUGGCUUUCAUUAAACGAGUCAAGAUGAGAGGACGUCUCUUUGUUUCAUUUGUUUCACAUGGAAACUGUCUAAUGCAUUUGGUUUUGUCAGUACAGUUUUUGUGUUUGCCCUUUUACACAACCCCUUUUAGGCAGAUCCAUUUAAUUGUAAUACAUUCAGCUUCCACUUAGAAAAUCUGAACAACCUACACCUUAAAACUACUGAAUUGUGAUAUCAUUCAUGCAGUAAUACCCACUGCUUUUUGAAUAGAGUUUGCCAAUGCACAUUUUAUUUGGUGCUGUUAAGACAUAGCAACUGUUGAAGUACUCUAGGUCAUUACCUUGACAGUAAGCAGCAAUCCAAGCUGUUGAUAUUACAUGUAAGCAACCUACUCAAGAUGUUAACAAUAUAUUCUCGCCAAGCUUGGUUGGCAACAAGAACACUGUGGCAUUAUAAACUGUAAUUUUUUAGGAAUCCUUUUGUUUUUUCAUCUUAUGUAACGAUCCAUCUCUCUUUGUUUAAAGGGUGCCAUUCUCACCACCAUGUUGGCGACCCGGAACUUCUCUGGUAAGUCAUGUAGAGGUGCCUUGUCAGAACGUUCCUCCUCUCCAUUCCUGAGUGAGAGUGGGCUUAAUAAUAAUAAUAUGCCAUUUAGCGGACGCUUUCAUCCAAAGCAACAUACAGUCAUGCAUGCUUCCUUUUUAUUUUACGUACGGGUGGUCCUGGGAAUCAAACCCACUACCCUGGCAUUGCAAGUGCCAUGCUCUACCAACUGAGCUACAGACUAGAGGACAGCUUAACGGUGUCCCUAGGGAGGUCACUAUCCUAGGGGAGUGACAUGGUCUCAGAUGGCUGCUCCUAGACUGGGGGGCUCCAAGCCCAUAGAGCAGGGAGGAGAUGAUGACAGCUUGUGGAACUCACUGGUCAUGCAUCAGGACACUUCCCCAUGCCAAUUGACACUCCCCUGUCAGACACUUAGGUCCGGAUAUACCAACACAUUCCCUGUCACAUUCAUUGGAAUGAUGUCUGUGAUUUCUGUUCAAAACGGACACAUUGUAGGACAUUUAAUUUUCUCCAGAGACUAAAAUCAUUCAAGGACAGUUUGUGUUAAGUCUGUAAAGCAAUAGCUUAAUGAUAAUAGGGAGGCUAGAAGAGGCUGUCCAUCUGUUAACUAAAAGGCUAGUUGUUAUCACAAUGUAGAUUGUUGAUUGACAAAGGUGCAUGUGUUGUUGUCAUCACAACCCACUUACUGUGGCUGAGCCAUCUGCUUUUGGGUCCUCAGUCCCUCCAUGACUUCAAUCAGAUGGUUCUGUGCCAUGGAAUCCACCACUGAACUAGUGGAACAUAAUGUGACUAUUUACCAUCCCUAUGUUACUGUAAUCUGCAAUAUUUUGUCAAAAUCCUCUAAUGAAGGAGUCACAGUUGAACAUUGUUUCGAAAUAACGUGGAUGGAGUUCCAUCUGGCAUGUAGCCUUACUGUAUGUGUCUUUGGCAGGCUCCCCUUACAACAUAAGGCCAUACAAUCCCAGGAUCAAUGUAGGCACCUUCACCGACGUAGAGAUGGAGGGAUCCCCUUCCAAUCUCACAGUUUACACAUCUCUACCAAUCUCCAUCCAGCAGAGUUUAUCUCCCCUCAUAGCUCCACAUAACCAUUCUUAUAUUAAAUACAUGGACCUGAAGGGGACAACAGGGGAAAGUAAUAGCAGUGAGGGGCCAUCUUUACAUGGGUCGCAUUCUCAUACCAGUCAGGAAUAGACCCCCACCCCAUAUCUCCCACCUGCCAGGAAAUUCUGUCUGAAAGCCAACCCCCACAGCACUGACCCUAGAUGCCUUGUGGACUUAAAACCAUCUCAGCACCUCUAAGCACUACCAUUCAUCUUUCCCUUUUUCCCAGUCUAUCUUUACCCUCCAGAUAGCUGUUGAGAACUACAGUCCACAGAUACUGCAUACGGCAAGAUUACAGCUUCAUGCCUAUUUACAAAGCCCCCGCUAUCCAGAUAUUGUGGCUGGAGCCAAAUCUCCCCUUUAAGCUUUUAAUAGCUUUUUUUCCGAGCCUAUUAACUUCUCCUAUUAUGCUUGGGGUGGGUCGGAAGUGCUGUAUAAACGCUGGUCCAAGGCCAGAUUUGCUUUUAAGAUGAUAAUUACUGCGAUUUGGAUUAGGGUACGGAAAGCGGAUCUCAGGCCAGUGCUUGGGGUUACCAGAGCCAUUCCACUGCAGACGGGAGCAGACCAGGGGGAAAUCCCAUCGGCAUACAGCCACACCCCCCAGCAGCAGGAGAGAGUGGGGUCACAGUGCCAGCGGGCUGCGAGGCUGGGGAUCAGGCUACGCCCCAGCUGACGAGAGGCUAUGCUCCACAUGGCCCAGGCCCACUCCAGGGCUAAAAUUAGUAGCCAUGUUGAUGAAAAUAAAGUGGGGGAAACACCCUGGCUCAGCUCUCAGGAAGAGGACAUAAAAUACAUGAUUCCAGCUCAGAGACGAGGAGGAGGAGGAGGGGAAGAGGAUAGGUAGAGGGAGCGGGUAACAAACUGGACCAGAGCACUAGGAACAACAGGACGUGGUGUCCUUUAUUGGUCACAGCCAAACUUUAGAGAGUGAGGGAGUGGGGCUGGAAUGUGCCCAUGCUAUCUCCCGAUCUCAAGUGCUCCUAUAUCAGGGAUCCCUCUCAGCCACCCGGCCAGGCUCUGUAGCAGAGCCCAGUCUGGAUCGCCAGAACCUCUGGUGUUACACAAUAGAGUAAACCGUUGGAUUAUUAUUAUUAUUUUAUUUUUUUUGUGCUUUAUUUCCCUAAAUACUCUUGUUUGACCAGUUGAAUGACCUGAGAGAAUCUUCAACAACCCGCUUGGUUUGGAUACUCCUAUUGACUCUUUGGCAAUAUGACUGUCUCAUCGAGUUUAUGAUCUGUGGAGAUCAGGAAGAGGGCUUGAUUUGAAGAAAAUAUCACAUUUUAUUUCCCAGGAGACAUAUGGAUCUGAUUUACUCCGUUUUCUUCUAACUCUUUGCAUUUGACUGAGAGUGUUGGCCAUGCCCUUCGCCCUCCUCUUCUGGGCUUUUGUGCCCUGUUUGAUCGCCCUGUCCCUGUUUCUCUUUGUGUCCCGCGCAGGAGGUAACAAGGCCAACAAGAAGACGGAUGGUGUGAAGGUAGGACUCCAGCUCCACAGGGUUCUCUUCUCACAGUGGAAUAAACCUGACCUGGAGGAGGACUUUUGGAGGCUAGCCUUUUAG